AGUCACGCAGUGCUCAAAGCAUAACCUCUCUAGGAACUUUGUGUCUAGCAGCAGUUUCUAGAAAUACGAACUCGGAAUUAGCCUCGAGUUGCAUGACUGUUCCAGCUAAGAAUUUCCGUACUGUAUUCGAAACAUAUCGUUACAGUGCGUAAACAUGUUAACGAACAGCAUCGAAUUUGGAUGCAGAUUUCGAGUACUUAAUUCAUGAAACUGGUGCCACACACAUAUCGCUUCUAGCAAAAUACAUUGCUUUAAGUACUGGCUGACUUCAUUUCUGUAAUUAAAACAUACUGUUCGAAGUAAUUAAUUAAAAUAAUUGCGAGUGGAAUUUCCCUGGAGAUUGAUUGCAAGUGACGAUUACUGCCCAACUAUUUAUGUCCACCGUUGUUAUGAAGCUUUAUCAGUAAAAACUGUCAUUUUUGUUUCGAAUCACCUGUUUUCAAUGAUCCGAAACAGUCGUCGUAGAAACGGGCGCUGUAAUGUUAAGAGUUCGUUGUGUCUUUGCCAUGACGCACAUCACUAGAACAAUAUCCCAAACCCUGGGUGUACUGUUGCUGACGCGUCCAACGACAACACGGGUAUACGUAGCCAUCUAGCGCAUGCUCCACAAAGCUGAGGCACUGCUGAACUGAGCUUGAUUAUUUUCACACAAUAAGGCUGUGCAUCGUCAAAUUUAAGCACGAAGUGAUCUGACAACAGCGGUUGGCGGGCCACAGCAGCUGUUCGCAUGCAAUUUUUUUAUUUAAUAAUGCAGCACGUGACGCCGCAUAAUCAACGAGAGCGUGGCUGAGUUAGUGAAGACCAAGAAAUGUCUUUAAAGAGGAAAUGGGGGGGGGGGGGGGGUGUCUAGUUAUUAGCUCAGGGGCGGACAGCAAAACUUGGUUCUUGUCACGCGUUGCACUCAUGCAGAUCACCACUUGCACGUGACAAAUGGCGAGUGACAAGCGCGGUGCGCGCACGGCAGACCACGCCGCGCUUUGGCACCGGGAGCGCGCGCGCUCGGGCGCCGCGCAUCCCGUCCCCUCCCGCGCCGGUCGCGUCGCGAUUGGCCGGCGCCUCGCCGGUGGGCGUGGCGCCGACCUAUUUAAGCGCGCGCCGCGUGCCCUCCUUCUCUCGGUGCGCCAUGCUUUCCUCUCGGUGCUGUGCCGCGGCGGCGCUUGCGCUCGCGUCCUCUCUGGCCGCGUUGGUGGUGGCCUGUGCAGCCGCAUCCUCCGGCGCCGAGCCAACGACCACGCCGGCGACCGUCUCGUCGCCGGCGGCGGCGGGCGGCAGCGCCGCGACUGCCAACUGCACGCGGUGCGGCGGUGCGACCAUGCAGUCCCGCGCCGUGCGGCUGCAGGCCAUCAAGGCGCAGAUCCUGAGCAAGCUGGGCAUGAAGCGGGCGCCCAACGUGACGCGCCGCGCUCUGCCGGGCAUCCCUCCGCUGCACCGCUUGCUGGACCGCUACGACGCCGGCAUGAUGCAGGCGGACGCGCCGUUCGAGCCCGGCGAACAGUACGACGACGACGACGACUUCCACAUGGCCGCUGAGAAGAUCAUCACCUUUGGGCAGCACGCGCCUCCCGAGAUGGGCCUGGUGCCGGAGUGGCAGGGGGUCCACUUCCGCUUCUCGGAGGCGGCACUAAACCUGCACGUGUCCAAGGCGCAUCUCUGGGUGUUCGUCAGCUCCAACCAGUCGCUGUCUUCAACGGCGGCCGUCUGGGUCACGCUCUACCAAGUGGCGAGGGACGCCGCUUCCGCGCCUGAACUGCACCUCGUCAAGGUGCGGACGAAAGAAGAGAAGGGCAACUUGCGGCGCGGUUUCUGGGUGCAGAUGGACGCCAAAAAGCUGGUUUCGCACUGGUUCCGCCAUCCGAAGGAUAACUUGGGAAUCGUGGUGCACGCCUACGACUCCGAAGGCCGCAAAGUGCACGUCAUUACGGAACCGCCACCUGGAAGGGACGCCUUAAGGCCCUUCCUGGUGGUGAUGGUGGACAAGAACGGCCGCAGCCGGACGCGGCGCAUGGUGGGCCUCAACUGCCAGGAGAACUCGAGCGAGGAGCGCUGCUGCCGCUACCCGCUCACCGUGGACUUCGAGGAGUUCGGCUGGGACUGGAUCAUCGCGCCCAAGCGGUACGAGGCCAACUACUGCAGCGGCGAGUGCCCCUACGUGUUCAUGCAGAAGUACCCGCACACGCACGUGGUGCAGCAGGUCAACCUGUCCGGCUCGCCGGGACCCUGCUGCGCGCCGCGCAAGAUCUCCGCCAUCUCCAUGCUGUACUUCGACGACAACCACAACAUCGUCUACGGCGUGCUGCCCGGCAUGAUCGUCGACCGUUGCGGAUGCUAUUGACGCGCCGCGCAAGGUGACCAAGAUCUCCGUCCCCGGUCUGCUCGAAUGGGGCCCCGAACUUCCGCCGCAGUGUGCGCGGAAGGCUGUGUAGUACAAAGAGACGUUAUCUUUACCGUCGCGAUGGUUCCGUCCCGUGGACAAUGCCGGACCGUGUUGUUUCGGUGAGCUGUGUCGCCUGCAUGGUGUCUCUUGCCAGUGUUCUCUGUUCCAGAGUAAGGCCAGAGACCGAGCGAUUUCACCCUGAAGACUUACGCUUGUAGCCCUCCUGCCCUGAACGUGCGUCAAGCAUGUCGCCCAGUGAUAGCAGCCGUCAGAACGGUUCUCUUCAGUGCCGGUGCAGCCGAGUCCUUUCUAUAGAAAAAAAAAAAAGAAAUGGAGAGGGAGGGACAUCUUGUAUGGCCCCGAGUUUGGGGCUUCGUGAUGCCAGUAAAGAAGGGUCGGCAGGCAAGGGUGACUGCAGGCAUUGAAGCAUGCCAUCAACCAAGUGAUUCACACGGAAGCGGGAUGAGACAGUUGAAAGGUCUGAAAGUCAAGUCUGGAUGACGCACACUUGCGUGAUUUUUCAUCUUUUCCCAGCUGUAACUCGUGUACCCGGAGGCACCGUGCAUGGAUUCAUGCAGUCGUAUACAGAGGACAAUGUAGGCCGAUGGAGCCGCUUCUCAUCGCGGUUCCCGAAGUGCUGAGGACGUCAUUUCGUGUGCGUGCGCGGUGAAUGAGGACAUUUGCGUGGUGUCCGAGUGGUUUAAGCCUUGGCGCAUAUUCGUUAUUUUUUUUUCUGUCUCUUCACAAAGUGAUCUAUUUAAUGAAAACACACGUCGCGAUUCGUGCUCGUCGACGUGUGAUCAUACAUUUUUAGACAUUGCUUUUUUUUUCUCUUGUACAUGAAUUUGCGUUAGUGGUUUAUUCUCGUGCCUUUGACCGAGUGUGCGAACAAGAUCUGUUUUCGUUUGUGUACACACGUGUGUGCUACGUGGGUUUUCGAGAGCUGCUCCAAAGAUGUUUCUCGUACAGCGUAUAUGCGUCAUUGUUUUCAUAAUUGUGAGCAUUGUCUAUGAAACUAUUUCACCCCCAUAUGACAUCUAUACUCUUUAAAAAGCAUGAGCUGGACACAGCACAAAAAUGCGGCAAAAGCUGCAUUGCUUGUUUGAUAGCUGAAUACGCAACGAUCGCGCUUUGUGUGUUAUUAUCCGCGCGUUCUAGCGAGUGUUUGGUGCUUUCUUUUCUGUGCCGGGUGUUGCACCCGCUUACAAUAUAUAUAGGAAGAAGGAAGAACUAAAGAUGAUUGCUGUGAGAGCCUUGCAACUAAAUAUGUGACGACUCGUUGACGAAGUGCCUGCCCCCGCUCAAUGUUAGUUUAAUUCUCUUCGUGCACACGACUUUGCAGAAAAAAAAAAAAGCGUUUCUAUACGUGUGCUCGUGAUUGGCACCGUAUGCUCGGUUUUGGGUCACAUACGAUGAUGCCGCAGCGACUGAGACCAACUCCUGGUUCCUGUCAGAGCUGUACGCUGUGUACAUAUAUAGCUUUUGUGAACCGCCUGUGACAGACAAAGGCCAUUCGCACUUUAGAAAGUUCAUGUGGCUUGACUUUAUGCGCCCUCCAAUCCCUGUGCUCGGCGAAAUCGUGAAGCUUCAGCUUACGCCUGUGUCAUGUAUUGUAAAUACGUAGCCGGUGAUUGACGUUAUAUAGCGAUAGCCAGCAAAUUGAUGUGAAAACAAAAUAUCAUUCUCGAAGUGCAUGUUGCUUAUAUUGCUUGUCUCCAUUUGUCGCUCACAUGGAACUCGCUGUGGAGCCAAAUCAUGCUUGGUCCCUUAUCUUAUUGUACACAUACCAAACCAUUGUCACUCUUCACUUGUCUUGUAUGCAACAGCGUUUUCUUGUUUUCUCAGAAAACAGGCUUUUUGCAACUUCGCUUUCGUUUACUCCUGUAUUUCCCUUGCGCGCGACAUCGACAUGCCUUUAAAGGUUAUGACUUGUUUUGUACUGCUCCAGAUUCGGCUGCUUUAAAAGUGCGAGAGUUACUGUUUCUGUUGAGAAUUUAUGCUUUGCUGAAACGGAAAAAAAAAUCACCUUGUCACCCUUCCGCAUAUAUACGUAAGAAAUGUCUGUAGAAUAGGCCCAUUAGCUUCGAAAAUAAAGAAAGGCCGUCCAUGCUACUUGGUCAGAGUAUAUACGUAAGCACCACAGCGUCAUUUUUAAGCAGACUUCAGCGACCUUAUUCGAUCGCGAAGCCGCAAUUACGCAACAAAUGUUGACGUUGAACUUUGUUCUCGCAGAAUAAUUUAAGAGAAGGAAAUUAGCCAGGUUCGGUGUUAAGUUAUCAGCAUACUGCUCCAAAAUUUUGUUGAUACCAGUGAGAUAAGAAUCAUCUAAAUUAAAAAAAAAACUGUGACAACGUGUGAAAAUUCGUACAUGACAUUAAUUAUUAGAAUGCUGGGGUUUUUACGUGCCAAAACCACGGUAUGAUUUUGAGGCACGCCGUUGUGGGGGACUCCGGAUUAAUUUAUACCACCUGAGGUUCUUUAACGUGCACCCAAUGCCCGGCACACGGGGGUUUUUGCAUUUCGCCCCCAUCGAAAUGCGGCCGCCGGGGCCGGAAUUCAAUCCCGCGCCGUCGGGUUUAGCAGCGCAACGCCAGAACCACUACGCCACCUCGGCGGGUUACAUGACAUUCGAUAGAGCGGCUUUUAUGACCCUCCAUUAUUACCUUCGCCGUCCGAAAUCGCAGACCUAUCCCAUCACGGCUAAGUUUCGAUUUAUAUACCGUGCAUGGUUUUGAUAAAAAGACACGUUGUAAAGGAACAAAUUUAGCUGUGUAAGCAUGUCAAAGAUAGCGUUAAGCCGAUUGAUAGAUUUGUAAACGUUGCACUUUGCUAAUUUGCACAGUGCUUUCGCACUGUGAAAAUCGUUUGUGAAACGUCGUUGCUUCGAAAAUGAAGUUGCAUUGUGCGCUAUAAUUGCGUGCUAUCUUUGUAAAUGUUUGAUCUCUGCCGCUGUAUGUAGAUCGUGAGCGAGAGAGUGCUCGGCGAGCCUAAUCGUUGCAUUUUGUAUAUGUGCCCAUAAAUGCUGUAACACCGGCAUCAUGUUACAGUAUACUCACUGUUUACAAUGAAUUCGAGUCUUUCGGACCGUCUUGCGUUUAGAUGGCAUAAUGCCAAGUGGAAUGGUAACACUUUCGCUUUUAACGAAACACAGCUUUCGUGGGAACUUUUCAUUGUGCCAUACACCAUUUGUUCCUGUAACGAAGGCCGGCUGCAUUUGUCGUUAUACGAUUGUUGCGUCCUCGUAUGUGUUCUCUUUUUUAUUAUUAUUAUUAUUUUGCUCGCGUAUUGCAGAAAGUGUGCGAAGCGCACUACUAUACUGUUGCGCUGUGUGCAUUUCACGUGCGCGCCGCGGCGCUCUUUGUUUGCGUGUGAUUUAAACCGUGAGCUUUGAGAUUCUCACCCGCAGGUGGAUCGUGAAGAUUUGAACCAGGGUCGUGUGGUUCCCCUACAAACUGGUCGCUGAAGUGAUGCGCACGUUCGUUGGCAUCUGUGUGCGCGAUGUGAAUCGCAUAUAUACCUGUCUUGUCUGUGGCAUCCGCGGAAUUUAAUUGCUUUCAAGGGCUUCCUUUCGUUAUUUCUUUCUGUCCACACUCCGUCCAAAACGUGUUCUAAAAUGUUCCCCACCUAACAAAGACAAUAUGUCUGUCAAAAAACGAACGAGCAAAUAAUUUUUCGUAGCUUGAACAAAGAUUGAAGUGUACAAGAAUGAUCGCUCAUUUUCGCGAGCGCGGAAUAACGCAGCGUUGUUGCGAAGUCAUAUCUGGUGCAAGUAGGCGCUGUUGUUUCUUUCUUUUUAGGAGAAGGGGGGGGGGGGGGGGGGGGGGUUACGCGUUAGUACCAACAUUGGAUGUCGAUCUAGCUAUGCUAUUCUUGUUAUUGUCCUUUUUCUAUUAUCGUUUCUCUCUUGUCCUUGUUAGGUAGAGAGUGUAAGCGUUAUCACAAUUAUCUGGUGACACGUAUAGGGGAGCAGCGACGCGCUGACGACGUGCUCAGAUUUCUUGAAGUAAUAACAGUGCUCUGAAAUGCGCACAUAAGUAUUCUCGAAGUGCUCAGCCGUGCAUCCACCAACAGCGAAACGUUUAACGUCGGCUAACAAGAAACCAUUGUGUGAGAUAAACGUUGGAUGAACAGAGGCAAGGGGCCUCAGACAGGCUGGCCGACGUUGCGGUAGACGGACCUAUCGAAAGGUCGGCCCGCCUGUCCGAGGCAUCUUAAUUCCAUUCAUCCAACUUUUAUCUCGCACUUUUAUCUUGUCGAUGUCAACUGCGAAGUAUAAUCGCCAUGGAUCUAUGCCUUCACUUAUCCAGGUGUACCCAACUGCGGCUGCAGAUGCAUGCUUUAACCCCACAAAGCCCAACGUAUCAUUUUGCUACGCUGCGUUCGAUACCACAAAACCAUGAUACAAGCGCCGGAAGCUUUACGCAAGGCCCAUAGUAUGUAGCGUUUUGAUACGAUUCGGCGAGUUUUCGGUUGUGAAUAGCUCAGCAAACCAAUUACUAAAUGAUUAAUUACGACACUAUUUAUUUUUUACACAAAUAGCGUUUCAUUGUUUUCUUCGACGAAUGUACUCUUCAUGCCCAGAAAUAAAGGUGAACAGGCUGUUCUAAUUUUCCUCGAUGUCGAAGGGCGUUUUUGGGCUUUGUGGGGUUAAUGUAAGCCCCUGUAUAGCUUCACUGGCGUCCAACUUCCUCCCCCACCCCCCACCUUUUUUUUUGUAUUUUUCACGCACAACUGUAAGAUAAACGCAAUAUUGAAUGUUUAUUCCCUCGCUUGGGCUUCAACGUUUCUAGCUCCGACGGCUGCUGUGGCUUCGAGUGACGCAUCUGACAUCUUCAGGGCCGCAUUCCUUUGCAGGAAAAAUACUGUAUAGCCCAGACGUCAGUGUGUUUUAUCGGCGCACAGCAAAAGGUGCUACACGGACGGGGAAAGGUGCUUAAUUUUAAGCUGGCCUCUUCUGGCGUCCUAUAAUAUAGCUGAAAUUCCUCUGCGUUCUUGUCUCCCUUUUUUUUUUUUCUGUCCUUCUUUCUGGAGAAAAGAAGAAAUACGAGGCAAUUAAGAAACUCUUGCUCACGUAUACUGGUGAGCUGAAGUAACACGUGACAUAGUGAGUGAGUGAAAUAACUUUUAUUAGAGGUCCGGCGAGGACGCGAACUCGUCGCGCACCCGGCUAGUCCCACGUCGGGGCCGGCAGGUCUAUAGCCCACCUUCCCGGUCGCGAGACAUAGCGCUGCUGACUUGUACUUUCGCAUAUAUAAAAUGUACAAUGACGUGCUACGCAAUGCUAACCACUCUGACAGCUCUGUAAAAGUGUGUGUGUCAGGUUAUGACGACCUCUGCGCGUUUGGUGCGCACAGGUGUGAAUAUAUUUGCGCAGUCGGUGCGUAAAUUUGGCGUCAUUGUAAAUUCGAUGUUUUGAGAACCUCUUUUUUAUCCCUCUUUCCUAUGCAUUCUUGAACAUUGAGCCACAUCUAAAUGAGCACGCCUGGUGAUCAUAGAGAAGGCUAGCGCGGCCCAUUAACAGAAAAGCGAUUGUACCACAAAGAUGUAUCUUGAAGUGUAUAUCCUCGGCUUGGUGAAUAUUUAAGGUAACGACGGUUACGUAUAAAAUGAUAAGUGUGUCCGCGUCGUCCAUCUGUGCCUCGUCCCUUUUCAUGCGCUAUUAAGUAUAAGACAUGGAAUACCAACUCGCCCAAUCUUACGCUCUUUCAAGAUAAGUGACAACAGUGACAACACUUCACUUCUAAACUUGACAAUUUAGCUUUUCUCGCGCCCUUGAGAGCAUUGAAACUGCCACAUGACGUUCGCUUUAAACGCACGCGGUUAAUACUGGCUGUGAUAUCAGCAUUUGAGUUACGCGCUUUGGUCUGUCCCGACCCCUCUCAAGACUUCAAGACCUGCCUUAUACCUUAUUAAGAAAUAUAUCCACAUGCCGAAUAACCUCCAUGUCCAAUAAUGUCAUACGAUCAUUCGGAACUAUUUGUGAGAACCAACGUGGCCGCCGAUAACCUCCGUGUCCAAUAAACCCAUAUCAUAAAACCCCUACGAUCAUAUACGAAAAUAAUUAGAUAUGGAGGUUAUGGGGCAUAUUGCAUAUGUCAUAUAUUCAUGUGGUAUUGUUAGAUAUAGAGAUUAUCUGGCACAUAUUUUUGUAAUAAGGUACUUUGCUUGUUCAUACUUCUAUACAGGCAUCUUGUUUCUUGUUUUUUUUUUUUUUCUUCACGCCUCGUCGAUCAAUUGCCCAGCUAUGCAGAACAUAUUGCGUAACCCUGCACGCUCAAUUUGUUGGCCCUGGGUGGAGUGCAUAUUAACAGAGUUUUUUUGUGCGAAGGCUUUUCUUCUUUGUCCUACUUCAGCUCUCUCCUUUUGUAUCGCGCGUUCGCUGUAUUGUGAUCAACAAAUGUACAUUUGACGAUCACUCAUCCGUGCUUGAUGAGCAUAGUAAUGACAUAUUUGUAGAUACAAAUGCGUGGGCAUGCACUGUCGAACCUUGACGCUAGAAAAACAUCCUCUCACGCACAAGAAGCAUAAAUUCAUUCGUUGACAAAUGUUCUGUGAUAUUCACAAUAAAGAUAUGGAACGUC